AUGCAGCACUUUCGAGCGCAAGAGACUUGCAAAGUUCGGCAAGCCCCAUCGGCUUCAUCUCGAGUCGAUGGAAGCAAAAUGAGGCUGCUCAAGCAGAGGGGCAAAACCACAACGACCGAAGAGGAAAAGUGGUAUUCCAUGUAUCGAAUUAUCUUUCCAGACGAUCCAUCGUUUCCAAGUCCUUACUACGAGCUCGAGGAGAAGGGAAACGCACUUCCUUCCAAAGCUGUUGCGCAGAGGAUGUUCCGAGAAAAUCUUGACGAAAGAUUUUCAACAUGGGACCUAGGUGAUACCCCAGGUAUCAGGGGCUUGCAAGAUCCGGAACUGAUGAACCUGAUAAUUUCUGGUGCCACUGCGGCUUUCGACAACACAUUCACCGCCAUGUGCAACCAAAACGCAAAGCAGACGCUAGACAAUCCACCAGCAGUAAUAGCAAGGCCAGCGUCAGAGACCCAAGACGAUGGGCAAUGGCACCGACGAUUGAUGACCGACUUGGAUAGGACAGGUCAAACCUCAUCUCAAGUUCGUGAGAUUACCGAGCUUCCACUUGAUGAAGUGUCGAAUCCUGGAUUCCAGUUUGGUUUGGAAGUGGACUUAUAUACAGAGAUAUGCAGCCUUGAAACUGAUCCCUCCAACGAUAUUCUAUUCUGGGACCAACCGCAGCAACAACAGCAAGCCCGAUUCCAUCCUGAACCUGGCCAUAGGGAGUCAAAUACUGAGACCUACGACUGCAUUCUCUGUGGGGUCUCUUUCAAGACACGAGAUCUUCUUCUUAUUCAUGUUUGCAUUCCUGCCCCACCUGGGCAAGGUUCCAGUGCUGAGUCUGUCUCGACCUCACUGCAACGACAAGUGCAUACCGGUUUCAACUUCGGUCCACCGACUCGAAACGACAUGUCAGAAGUUGGAGAUGGAGGGAAUGCACUCGAUCGCGAUCUAGUGACUGACAAUAGCAAUGGGAACAGAAAACAAAACCGUGGCUCUCCAGAGGCCGCCCUGCAGAGCCUCGGAACCGCAAUUGCGACCAGCAAUGACGAGCAGUCACAGGAUCUCAGGUUGUGGCAUGACGACUUUGCGCACUUGUUGUUUCAGAACGAUCCUAAUUCUGGGGGCAGCAAUUGGUAUUAG